UGGCUGCAGAAAGUUGUUGAUGUUUAAUGCUUACAGGCAAGCUGGUGCAACAUGACUGUUGUAUUGCAGUGAUGAUUCAUACAUUGUGUCAGACGCUUGAGAAGGAUUUUAUAAAUACAGUGUUCCCCCCUUAGAGUGCACAUACUUGGAUGUUGGGUGUGCUGCUGUUCGAUAUUUGUUUGUGGCGUGUAUCACCUUAGUGAUGGAAUUUCCUCAUCUGGGUGAGCAGUGUUCUGAGCUGUCAUGUAAGCAGUUAGAUUAUCUGCCGUUGAAGUGUGAUGCAUGUGAAAAAAUUUUCUGUAAAGAUCAUGUUUCGUAUAACAGCCACAGCUGUCCUUCCGCAUAUAAAAAAGAUGUACAGGUGCCAGUGUGUCCACUGUGCAAUGUACCUAUACCUGUGAAACGAGGAGAACCGCCUGAUAUCGCAGUUGGUGCGCACAUUGACAGUGACUGUCAGUCUCACACUGCCAAAACUGGUAGAAAGGUCUUUGCUAACCGUUGCUCUGCUAAGGGCUGCAAGCAAAAAGAAGUUGUCCGUGUACAAUGUGCAGAGUGUCGUCUGAAUUUCUGUCUGAGGCACCGCCACCCAGUUGAUCAUAAUUGUGAAGGUGCUGAAGCAGCUCGCAGGAGGAGAGCUGUGGAGGCAGCUCUUGCUCGUCAGAAUGGUCCAGGCUACAACAAGAAUGUGUCCAGCUCCACAAACACACGAACAGCCACUGCUGCACAGUUGCAGGGUGGAUUGAGUGAAGAUGAAGCUCUUGCACGUGCCAUUGCCUUAUCAUUAGAAGAAUCAGAUGGCAGAAGACAACCAAACAGGCAACACACAGUACAACCAGCGAAGUGUGCUGUAUCUUAGCAGUCAUCAGCACUUUUUCUGUAUUUAAAGAUCAUCAAUAACACAAUCUAUGAAGAAAGUUACUUCUAACUUGAGAGCACUGCAUUGCUUAAGUUUCUCUUAAAUUAUAUAUAGCAUGGGUUUUUAACAGACUGAAAUUGAUUCAGGGAGGAAGAAGUUUGCUUUUAUAAUCAUAAUGACUUGUGCAGCUGCAGAAAACUGCACAGCAUUGUUUAACUUUAAGCUUUCUUCUUUCAGGUGAUUAAAUAAUUGUGACUUGUGUGACAUUAUAAGAAUAUGUGUAAUUUGGGUUUAUUGAGAUCUACACUGAAGGAGACAUACUUGAACGUGUUUCUUAGUAAAUCAGUCAUGCUUAUUGUAUCCAGUUUAAAUGUGUGUUUCAAAUAUUUAUUUAGCAAAAGUUGUGUCUUCAGAAAUUUUUGUAUUGGAGGCAUUUUGCCUAUUAUACACAUGGCUUAAUAAGCUUGGAUGAGUUAUGUAAUGGAAUCUGUUGUAUGUGUGUCACUUUUUUUUUAAAAAAAAAAACCCUUAUUUUGUGUGUGCUGAGUAUAGCCUUGCAGUUGCAGUUCUUAUUGUAUUUGAGUGUCAGUGAAUAUUCAGUAUUCCACCUGUAUAAUUCAGUUGUUACAAGAUAUAGACUGCUGAAAAGUUACUUACUGAAAAUUUUAGUCGCUACAAUACAUUUAAUGUAUGGUGUUAUUGAUCAAGUAUGGGUGUAGUGAAUCUUAAGUGCCACAUAACAAUAAAUUGCAAUUCAAUGUGGUGUAUAAAUGAAACAAUUAAAAGAAACAAGAUUUUGUGGAUCUACAUUAAUGGGCGAUCAAAUGACUUACUGUUAAAGAUUAUCUUUCAUCCAGUUCAUAACAAAAUAAAGAAAAAAUAACUGGUAUUAUGUGUUUACAUGCACUCCAGUUGAAAUAAGCAGGAGAAUGCUUUAUAUACUCUAAAUUCCAAGUUGUAUAAUGGAAGACAGGUUUGUACCAUGUGAAAAUGAAAUAUUGUGUGAUGUCAUUAAGUUCUGGGAAUAUACACGACAUGUUCUGACACUUAAAAAAAAUUGUCUUAUCUGUCAUCUGUGAUAAAUACUCAGAUGAAGUAAUAUGUUAGUUGCCAUGCUGUUACAGAGGGGCAGACCUCCUGUCUCAAUUUUUUUUUUAAUAGAUCACUUACUUACUGCCUUACAUCAGAGAUCAUUGUCAGUUUUGAGAGCAGAUGCUGAGUGAGAUGGUGCAGUGCUAAGACACUGGUCUUUUACGUGACUGGGCAGCAGGUCAGAUCCCGAUCAAGUCAUCCAUGUUUAAGUUUUCCAUGAUUUCCCUCAAUUGCUUAAAGUGAAUGUUGGGAUGGUUCCUAUCUUUCCCUAAUCUGAGCUUCUGCCCUGUCCACAAUAACCCCAUCAUCAACAGGACAUUAAACUAUAACCUUUUUUCCUUUGAAAGCAGAUUACCAUAUUUUUUGUUACAGUUUCGUAUUAGACAUUUAGCUAAACUUCUUUAUUAUGAAGUAAAUUAAAUGCACUGAAACUAAAUAAGUGAAUCAAUGAGAUAGAAAUCAGGGAAGUUGUAAUGACAUGAAAUGAUGUCAGUGACAAUGAAAGUUUGAGUCAGGCCUAACAGUUAAGACAACUGAUAGCGAUAAGCAAGAAAUGCGGGUUUGAGUCUCAAUCUGGCACAGAUUUUCAAUUGUUGUUACAGCCAUCACUUCUGUAUUAGCCAUGUAAUAGUUCUUUCAUGUUAAGUACGAGUGCAAAGAAUUGUUAUAUUGUUUCAGAGGGAAAACA